AUGGCGGCCAUCCUCAAACUUCAGCGCAAAUAUCCCCAGUUCCCUCAGAACGAAAUCUUCCAGUUGCAGGAUGCCUUUCGCAAACUGGACGUCGACGACAAGGGCUAUCUUGACGAAGCCACCGUCAUCAAGGCUACCCAGCAGUCAGAAAGGCAAUCCUACGAUGUAGUCAGACAGGCGUUGAAAGAGGUGGAUCUCGACAGCUCAAGGCGAGUCGAAUUAGAGGACUAUGUCGACCUGAUCGCAAAGGUCCGCGAGUCCUCUCCCGCGCAAAGACGCAUGUCAGUGGGCGCACAGAGACCUGCGGCUGGCAAUGGGCUUCCUUCUGCCCCCUCGCAUGCUUCGAAACCCAGCCUCGGCGGAGGUGGGAAGAUUCAUGUUCAAGGCUCUUCUGCCAACGUUACGCACACCAUCAAUGAGGAAGAGCGAACUGCUUUUACCACCCAUAUCAAUGCGGUCCUUGCCGGCGAUCCCGACAUCGGCCAUCUCUUGCCCUUCCCAACCGAUACCUUCGAGAUGUUCGACCACUGCAAAGAUGGGCUGGUCCUCUCCAAACUUAUCAACGACAGUGUCCCGGAUACCAUCGACGAACGUGUGCUGAACAAACCGGGAAAGAAGAUCAAGACUCUCAAUGCAUUCCACAUGACUGAGAACAACAACAUUGUCAUCGAGUCAGCAAAAGGUAUCGGCUGUUCCGUGGUCAAUGUGGGUGCUGGGGAUAUCAUUGAGGUUCGCGAGCAUUUGAUCCUGGGUCUGAUUUGGCAGGUGAUACGAAGAGGUCUUCUAGGAAAGAUUGACAUCAAGCUGCACCCUGAGUUGUACCGACUUUUGGAAGAGGAUGAGACUCUGGACCAAUUCCUUCGACUUCCGCCCGAACAGAUCUUGCUUCGUUGGUUCAAUUACCAUCUCAAGAACGCCAACUGGCCACGACGAGUGGCCAACUUUUCCGGCGAUGUCAAGGAUGGCGAGAACUACACCGUCCUGCUCAACCAGCUGAAACCCGACAUCUGUUCACGCGCUCCCCUGCAGACGCGAGAUCUCCUCCAACGCGCUGAAGAAGUCCUCCAAAAUGCCGAAAGGAUUGACUGCCGGAAGUUCCUGACGCCAACCGCCCUGGUCGCGGGAAAUCCAAAGCUCAACUUGGCCUUUGUUGCCAACCUCUUCAACACCCACCCAGGUCUAGAUCCGCUCGAAGAAGGCGAGAAACCCGAGAUUGAGGACUUUGAUGCAGAAGGCGAGCGUGAAGCCCGCGUCUUUACCCUCUGGCUGAACAGUCUUGACGUCCAGCCACCGGUCAAUUCCUUUUUUGAUGAUCUCCGCGACGGCACAGUUCUCCUCCAAGCCUACGACAAGGUCAUUCCGGGCAGCGUCAAUUUCCGUCAUGUGAAUAAGCCUCCUGCGCACGGCGGCGAAAUGUCCCGGUUCAAGAUGGUUGAAAACACCAACUACGCUGUUGAACUGGGCAAGCAGAAUCGCUUCUCCCUCGUGGGCAUUCAAGGUGCAGAUAUCACGGAUGGCCAGCGUACCUUGACUUUGGGAUUAGUUUGGCAGCUUAUGCGCCGGGAUAUCGUGUCGACGCUUUCCGGGCUCGCGCAACGCAUGGGCAAACGCGACCUCAGCGAUUCAGACAUGAUAAAAUGGGCCAAUGAGAUGUCCCGCAAGGGCGGCAAGAGCUCUGCCGUCAGGUCAUUCAAAGAUCCCGCCAUUACAAGCGGUAUCUUCCUGCUGGACGUCUUGAACGGCAUGAAAGCGAACUAUGUCGACUACGAUCUGGUCACGCCCGGGAAGACGACCGAUGAUGCAUAUGCGAAUGCCAAGUUGAGUAUCAGCAUCGCCAGAAAGAUGGGAUCUACCAUUUACCUUCUUCCUGAUGAUAUUGUCCAAGGACGCGCGAGAUUGGUGACCACUUUUGUUGGUGCUCUCAUGCGGACGGCGGAGAAGAUGGGCGUUUAA